GCGGCUCAAAUUCUCCUAAAACAUCAUUCCACAUAAUCUCAAAAUCCCAGCUCCCAUUUUGGCUUUCGCUUUCUUUCUCUCUCUGGUAAAUCCUAAUUUCUCAGAAAUGUCGAUGGCAAUUUUCUCCCCAAAGCUUCCAUCUUUCACCCCUCACUCUCAUUCCAAAACCCAUCUAGGUUUGAGACCUAGUUAUCUCCCCCUCAGACACCUCGAGAAGCUUCAACCCCCCUUGGUCUUGAGCUCCGACAGCGCCUCUGGUGUGGCUCCUGCUGCUCCGGAGGAGACUUCUGCUGUGGAGUCUCUUGGCUCCAACGGCUCUGCAACACCGCCGCCGGUGGCAGUGGAGUCUGUCAAUGGUUUUCAGGAUGCUAGGUGGGUUGGGGGAACUUGGGACUUGAAGCAGUUUGAGAAAGAUGGCAACACUAACUGGGAUGCUGUCAUUGAUGCUGAGGUGAAGAGGAGGAAGUGGAUGGAAGACAGCCCGCAAUCAUCAAACAAUGAUGAGCCUGUUGUUUUCGACACUUCCAUUAUUCCUUGGUGGGCAUGGAUGAAAAGGUUCCAUCUUCCCGAAGCCGAGCUGCUAAAUGGUCGUGCUGCAAUGGUCGGAUUCUUCAUGGCCUACUUUGUGGACAGCCUCACCGGGGUAGGUCUGGUUGAUCAAAUGGGCAACUUCUUCUGUAAAACGCUGUUGUUUGUAGCUGUAGCAGGUGUGCUUCUUGUAAGAAAGAAUGAGGACUUUGAAACCAUCAAGAAAUUGGUGGACGAGACGACAUUCUACGAUAAGCAGUGGCAAGCUGCCUGGCAGGAUGAGACAUCAGAGAAGAAGUAGUAGUUACUAGGGAGAUUUUGCAGACCAAUUCUCUUGCAAUUGUGCCUUUGUUUACAAGUGCUUUUUCUUCUUGAAUCGCAAUAUUAUGAUUGUUAUCCACUCAUCUUAUUUUGAUUGCUCAAAGCUUCACUCCAAGAGUGUCUAA